GGGUCCCAGACGACGGCCACCCGGGUGGCCCAGCCGCAGCCCCGGCAGCGGCCCCUCGCGCCAGCCCCGAGCCGCCCUCUGGCUUGCGGCCGCCGCCCCCCAGCGAGCGGGAUGAACAGACUCGCGGCCGCAGCGGGGAACCAUGGAGGAGCCGCCGCCGCCGCCGGUCCGCCCUCCAGUGAGCACGGCCUUGGGCAGCCCACCCCCCGGCGCCCCCUCCGCGGCCGGCGGCCCUGGCGGGACUUCCUCCUCGGCCACCGCGGCGGCCGUGCUCUCCUUCAGCACCGUGGCGACCGCGGCGGCCGCGGCGCUGGGGAACCAGAGCGACGGGAGUUGGGGCGACGGCGCUGGCGCCUCCGGCGGCGGCGGGCACGGGCUGGCGGGGCCGGCGGGGAGCCCGCCGCUGGGGCCCGAGGCGGCGCCGCUCCUGUCGCACGGGGCGGCGGUGGCGGCCCAGGCUCUGGUCCUCCUGCUCAUCUUCCUGCUGUCUAGCCUCGGCAACUGCGCCGUGAUGGGCGUGAUCGUGAAGCACCGGCAGCUCCGCACCGUCACCAACGCCUUCAUCCUGUCGCUGUCCCUGUCGGACCUGCUCACGGCGCUGCUCUGCCUGCCCGCCGCCUUCCUGGACCUCUUCACGCCGCCCGGGGGCGCGGUGCCCGCCGCCGCCGCGGGGCCCUGGCGCGGCUUCUGCGCCGCCAGCCGCUUCUUCAGCUCGUGCUUCGGCAUCGUGUCCACGCUCAGCGUGGCCCUCAUCUCGCUAGACCGCUACUGCGCCAUCGUGCGGCCGCCGCGGGAGAAGAUCGGCCGCCGCCGCGCGUUGCAGCUGCUGGCAGGCGCCUGGCUGGCGGCCCUGGGCUUCUCGUUGCCCUGGGAGCUGCUCCGGGUGCCCAGGGAGCUGCCGGCGGCGCCGGGCUUCCAGAGCUUCCACGGCUGCCUGUACCGGACCUCCCCGGACCCGGCGCAGGUGGGCGCGGCCUACAGCGUGGGGCUGGUGCUGGCCUGCUACCUGCUGCCCUUCCUGCUCAUGUGCUUCUGCCACUACCACAUCUGCAAGACCGUGCGGCUCUCGGACGUGCGCGUGCGGCCCCUGACCACCUAUGCGCGCGUGCUGCGCUUCUUCAGCGAGGUGCGCACCCCCACCACCGUGCUCAUCAUGAUCGUCCUGGUCAUCUGCUGCUGGGGCCCCUACUGCUUCGUGGUGCUGCUGGCCGCCGCCCGGCAGGCCCAGACCACGCAGGCCCCCUCGCUUCUUAACGUGGUGGCUGUGUGGCUCACCUGGGCUAAUGGGGCCAUCAACCCUGUCAUUUAUGCCAUCCGCAACCCCAACAUUUCGAUGCUCCUAGGGCGCAACCGAGAAGAGGGCUACCGGACUAGAAACGUGGAUGCUUUCUUGCCCAACCGCGGCCCAGGGCUACAGAGCAAAAGUCGCAGCCGCCUUCGGAACCGCUAUGCCAACCGGCUGGCAGUCUGCAGCAGGAUGUCCUCUUCCAACGCGACCAGCUGGGCGGGAGGAGACGUGGCUAUGUGGGCUCGAAAAAAUCCAGUUGUGCUUUUCUGUCGAGAGGGGCCACCGGACCCUGUGACAGCAGUGGGCAAACAGUCUAAAUCUGAAACCGGGGACACCACCUUCUAAGCGAGUUUAGGGUGCACAGCUUGUGAAGGCAAAAUUUCAUCUGCUUUGUUAAAUAAUAGAGGAUUCUGGAGAGAAUCCUGUUUCAUAAAGCUGGACAUUAAAAAAAAAAAAGAGGCGGGGAUAGGCCUACCACUUCCCCCAAAUUACAAGACAAUGUCCCCUUCUUCAAAAGUGCCAAAAGGAAUGUGAAAUGCAAAAAUUUGUAACAGUAUUGAACCACAGACAACCAAGUAUUGUGAACUGUGCCAAGAAACAACAAAAAUAAAAUUUACAAUUACUGAAAAGCUCUUAUGACAACAAUUGCACUGUGAAACAAAUGAAAACAUUUCAUUGAAUACAACCAGUGUUUGUUCCAAAGAAUUGCUUGAAGGCCUCUCUAAAUCACCAGCACUCAACAAAAUUAUGAUCUCUAGAACUCUGCAUUUCUGACACAUGCUUUGGGUACUUAUUUGGAGAGCGAAAAAAUUCUUGUACAUUUCAGUGCACUUCCCUUCUCCCUCCAAAUGGCCUGCAUAGGAAAUUUAAAGUUCAUUCCCCAUGAAAAACCCGUUGGGAGUUUGAAAAUGUGGUUACUAGAUAAAAUCAAAGGGUACACACCUGAAAGGUCAACAGAAAUGUGAAUGAAUAUAUGUGGUUUGCAGGGAGCAAGGGGAACUGCCAAACAUCUAAUUUGGGUCCUACUAUAGGCGAGGCAUGUGCUUUGCCACUGAGCUUUAUCUCUGGUCCAGAAAUAGGACUACUUUUAAAAGUAUUCCUAGAAUACAGUUAGAAUUUAAUGACCCCUGUUCUACUCCCAACUCAUUGGUACACCUGACCCCCCCUCCCCCCCCCCCACACACACAGAGGUCGGCUCCCUUUAGGAGAGCUUUGAGGCAACUAACCAGCUACUUUUGUUUCUAUGUGGGAAAGUUGCUUUCAGAAAGUUUUGCUUUAAAAAAGUAAUUUUCAUAGUAAGGCAAUCUUUUGAAUUAAAUCUGAUUUUGGAUGCACCCAAAAGUAUAAUUUGAAGUCAUGCGGAUUGAAUCAGGUGAGUGAUGCUUCUUAUUUAUAUCAGUGAAAAAAGAGCUCUGCACAGUAAUGCAACUGACUUUCCUACAUAAUUUUUUAACUAAAUGAAGAAGAUUCUAAAGAGGACUUCUAAAAGUAGAAUUCUGCAAGUAUUUUGAAAAGUGGCUGCUUUCUUGGAAUUAGCAUAGAGUUUUCCAAGAAAAUUUACCCUUUCCACAGGGAUAGAAAGCAUAAUAGUUAUGCAAAGAGACUAGUGCCUGAGGCUCUGAAGUCCCAGGUUCAAAAUUUAUACUCUCCUCCUUUUGGAAGUUUAUUUGUUUAAAAAAUGAUCAACAUUUUGUAGACAUGACUUGCCUAGUCUUAAUUAGAAAAAGUUGAAUUGAAUAGAAUAUUAUAUUUUCCUCUAAGAGGGAAUUAUUGAUAAUAAUUUAGACAAAGUCGGAGAGGUACUUAAAUCAGUUUGGAAGUAUGUCCAGAAAAUGUAUGUGCAAUUCAAAGUUGCUUUUUAAAAAAUUCAAAAGCACAAUUUGGGAUUUUUGUAUGCAAAGUUUUUCACAUUGCAUGCCACUGGUUCAAGGCAUUAACUUGGAAUUUUAAAAGAUUUGUGAGUUGUUUUUUUUUUUUGGCUUUCUUCCAUCUUGUCUUUCUUUCAUAUUUUAUAGCCUUAGUUGAUUAAGUACGUUAAGCUAGUUAUGAAGUGGCAUUCUCUGUCAUAAAAAUUUCAAUGUGAAAUGGCCAUCUUCCUCUUGUAAAGAUAUUUACUAGUAUUUGAUUUUUGUUUGCGAUACAUGUAUCAGUAUUUUUGUGCUCAACACUGGAAAUACAUGAUUUGUGUUAGGGUGAAAUGUUUCUUAGUUUUUGUCCUUUCUCAAGGCAAUAUCACAACCAGGUGUUUAUAAGUUAUCUAUACAUAUUUUGCUGCAUUCCUUAUAGUACAAAAUAGAUGAGAUAAUGUCUUUUAUAGCAGUUAUAAAACAUCUGUGGACAAUGAGGCUAAACUAGCAUUUAAUUUAUCUAUAUUAUUUGCUUGUGAAAGGCAAAAAAAAAAGGCACUGUGAGAAAAUGGAAAUCAUGGCUGAGAUUUAGAAAGAAGUGAUAUGGCCUUCCAAUAUCAUAAAAUAGUAAUUCAGCAACUGUGAAUAAAGGGCAGAAAGAGAGCUGGAGGUCUUAGGGGAAAGAGGCAAAUAUAUUGCAAAAUAGGGUAUUGUGUGAGAAGAAUUGAAGGAAGGUUUAAAAAUAAACAUCCCUUGGGAUGAAUCUGCCUGGUGAGGAAAGGAAACAGAGAUUGGAAGUGACAAGGUGGUGGCUUGAAGGACUUCAAGGCAGAAAAGAAAUCCUUACCCUAACUACUCAAUGGUAGGAAUUUUUAGGAAAGAUGUGGCUUGAGGAAUAGACCAUUUUGUUAUUGCUUCUAAGAUUUAUGAUAGGCAAAAAUGGGAAAGAAUCAAGAGGUUGUUGGUUUUUAAUUCAGAGCUAUACAGCUAGUUAGUAAUAGAAACAGAAUUUACUUCUGUAACCUGUCUGGCCUCUGUUGCCGUCACCACUGCCACCACCACCACCAUCUCCCUUUACAUCAUCAUCACCUACCACUGAUAUCAUCGUUUUUGUCCACUUUUAUUUCCCUACUUGGGUUGCCCUUUCUCAGAAAAGAAAAUAAAGAAGAGAAAAGGGAAGAAAAGACUACUUAAAAUUAGAAACCACACCACUUGCCAUAAGCGGGCUUAUUGCCUAAUUGAGUACACAAUACUCAGUCCAUGUUUCACUUUGUGUUCACCCUCCCUGUCUCUUCUUAUAAGUCUUAUAAGUAAGAUCAUUUGGUAUGUGUCCUUCUCUUUUUGGCUUAUCUCACUUAAUAUGAUGUAUUCAAGUUCCAUUCAAGAUAAUGCAAAGGAAAUAACUUAAUUUUUAAAAGGUGAGUAGCAUUCCAUCAUGUAAAUAUGCCAUGGAUUUUUUUUUUUUCAUUAUUGGAGGGAUUAAUGGCUUACAGCCAACAGUAAAAUACAAUAGUUUGUACAUGUGUGACAUUUCUCAGUUUUCCAAGUAACAAUUCAAGUCCCUCUAGGUCCUCCUCUGCCAUCAUGUUCCAGGACCUGACUCCCCCCCCCCCCCAAGAGUCUUUUACUUUGGUGCAAUACAGCAAACUCAGUCCAAAUUCUGCUUUGCAUUUUUCCUUCUGUACUUAUGUUUUAACUUUUUUAUUAGUGAUUUAAUAAUGAUCUACAAGAUUGUGGCAUAAGAGGGGUAUAAUUCCUACCAUCAGAGUGCUAUAUCCCAUCCCCUCUAUUGGAAGCUUCUCUAUUCUUUAUCCCUCUGGGAAUAUGGACCAAAGAUCUCUAUGAGGUACAGAAGGUGGGUGGAAGGUCUUCUCUGCUGAACAUGGGUGUUGACAGGUCGAUCCAUACUCCCAGCCUGUUUCUAUCUUUCCCUAGUGGGGCAGGGCUCUGGGUUAGGUGGGGUUCCGGGACACAUUGGUGAGUUCAUCUGCCCAGGGAAGUCAGGUUGAUGUCAUGGUAGCUUUUUUCCCAUCCAAGUACUAACCAGGCCCAACCCUGCUUAGCUUCUGAGAUCAGACGAGAUUGGGCGUGUUCAGGGUGGUAUAGCCAUAGACAGCUUUUUUCAACUUCUGUCUUUGAGAUCAUCCUAUAUUUAUCCUUCUCUUUCUGACUUAUCUCACAACAUGAUUUCUUCAAGCUCCAUCCAAAAUGAGGUGAAGAAGGUGAAUUCACCACUUUUAAUAGCUGAGUAGUAUCCCAUUGUGUAUAUAUACCACAACUUGCUCAGCCACUCAUCUGUUGUUGAACACCUCAGUUGCUUCCAGGUUUUGGCUAUUACAAAUUGUGCUGCUGUGAACAUAGGUAUACGCAGAUCUUUUUGGAUGGGUGUGUUCGGUUUCUUAGGAUAUAUCCCCAGAAGAGGAAUUGCAGGGUCAUAGGGUGGGUCCACUUCGAGACUUCUGAGAGUUCUCCAGGCUGCUUUCCACAGGGGGUUGGACCAGUUUACAUUCCCACCAGCCAUGCAGGAGGGUUCCUAGAUUUUUAUUUUUAUUUUAGCCACUCAUCUGUUGCGGGACAUCUUAGUUGCUUUUAAAUUUUCAACUACAAAUUGUGCUGCUAUGAACAUAGGCAUAUAUACAUCUCUUCGUAUAGCUCUGGUUUUUUUUUUUUUCAGGGUAAAGCCCCAGGAGAGAAAUUGCUGGGUCAUAGGGUAGAUCCAUUUCUAGUGUUCUGAGGAAUAUCCAGGCUGUAUUUUAUAACAGUUGGACCAAUUUGCACUCCCACCAGUAGUGCAGAAUCCACUCAAACUUUUAACUUACUUUUUUCUCUUGGAAGAUGACCUUGUGCCUGUUUCACUAAGAACAUGAAUGUCAUCAAAUAUAUGUACCUCACAUUUUAUUCACCAAGUAUAAUGAACUAAAUUAGUUUUUUGCCAUUAUUCAGAUCUGUCUCUAUACUAAAGAAUCUGGAUACUGAUCCAGUGUCUGGAAUUUCUUACUAACUAACUACACACAUAUAUAUAGGAUAGAGACAGAAGUUGAGAGGGGAGGGAAGACAGAGGCAGAGAGACACCUGCAGUCCUUCACCACUCAUGAAGCUAUCCUGCCUGCUGGUGGGGAGCAGGGGCUUGAACCUGGGUCUUUGUGCACUGUAAUCUGGGUGCUUACCUAUGUGUACCACCACCUGGCCCCUGGAAUUUCCUACUAUCUAUUGUUAUUUCCGUGAUAUACUUAACUUUGAAGGAUGCACCAAGCCCUUUCCAUGAGCACUUAGAACACACUCUAAGUUCUCCUAUAAAACAACAACAAAGCAAAACAAAACAAACAAAAAAGUUUAUUUAGUUCUCUUCAGCUAAAUUUGUCAAAAGAAUUACCUGUACUUUUAUAACUGAUCUAAAUCCCAGUUCAUCAUUUUCAUGAUGCAAAAUAAGCCAUUAUUAUCCCCCCCCCCCAAUACCUAGUCCAUAAUAUGGCCAAAACCGAAAAUGUUUGCAUUCAGGUUCUGGGGAUUUAGCAUCAAGAUAUUGGUGAGUAUCUGUCUUCAGUGGUCAUUCAUCUGUACUGGUACCUAGUAAGGCAUCUAACAGUCUUAUUCUAGUUACAUUUUCAGGUUGCUGUGUGAUUAUACCCAUUGGAUCCAAGAGGACCCAGCUCUAAUUCAGACCAUUUUAGUACCCCUCUCUAUGCCCAGGGCUAUUACUCCAUCUGAGCAGCACUAAGGAUGAUUGCAAUAUCCAUAAUGCAGUCUUGGACCUUUUUUUUCUCAUUUUUAAAAGGUUUUUAUUUUUAUUUUUAAUUUGAUUUAUUUUGGAUACUGACAGAAAUCAAGAGGGAAGGGGGGAUAUAGUGGGAAAGAGAGAGAGAGAGAGAGAUCUGCAGUACUGCUUCACUGCUUGGGAAACUUUCCCCUUGCAGGUAGGGACCAGGGACUUGAACCUGGAUCCUUGAGCACUGAAAUGUAUACACUCAACCAGGUGUGCCACAGCCUUCCCCCUUCGACUAUUUUUUUAAAAUGAUUUUUAAGGGGGCCAGGCUAUGGAACACCUGGUUAAGCGCAUGUUACAGUGCACAAGGACCUGGGCUUAAGCCCCCAGUCUCCAUUGACAGAGGGGAAGCUUCACAAGCUAUGAAGCAGUGGUGAAGGUAUGUCCUUCCCUCUCUAGCUCCCCCUCCCCUCUAUUUCUCUUUGUUUCUAUCCAAAAUAAAAUAUUUUUACAGCAUAAAGUUUAAAAAAUACCUAUCUUCUGCAACCCACAAUGACCCUGGGUCCAUGCUCCCAGAGGGAUAGAGAAUGGGAAAGCUAUUAGGGAGGGGAUGGGAUAUGGAGAUUGGGUGGCGGGAAUUGUGUGGAGUUGUACCCCCCCACCCAUCCUAUGAUUUUGUUAAUGUCUCCUUUCUUAAAUAAAUAAAUUAAUUUUUUAAAAAGUUUAAAAAAUAAUUUUUAACAGUUUAAAACUUCUUUAGAAUUUUUUUAAUGAUAUAGAAAAAUACAGAGAAGAGAUAUAGAAAAAUACAGAGAUGGUGAGAGAGGAAUAGAGAGUAAGAGAGAGAAGAGAGAGAGAGAGAGAGAGAGAGGCAGAGGCUAGAGCACCGCUCAGCUCUGGUGUAUGGUGGUGCUGGGAAUUGAACCUGGGACCACUGUGCCUCAGCUAUGCUGUCUCCUAACCACCAUUGAAACUUCUUAAUUUUGUGUUAAAAAAAUAAACUUCUUAAUUUUGUUAAUACAAUAAAUUGAAACAAAUAGCUAAAGGAAGGCCAGGCUAAAUGUAGACAAAGGGAAUACCAUUGCCUUAUACAGGAAGGUAUAUGAAGACAUGUAUGACUGUAUGUGUAACUGCAAAAGCCAACUGCUAAUAAUCUAUUUUUGUACCCCCUGCUUGCUAUGCAUCAGUGAAAUUGCACCAAGUAACUUAGACCUGUCCUAUAGGUAUAAAUGCCCUAGAGAACAAAGGCUGGGGGCUGGUGCUCUUCUCGGAGAGAUCAAACACCAAGCCUGCCAGUGUAAAUAAAGUUUCUUCUUUUCCAAAUA